AUGAAUAUUGUUGUUGCUGACAUAUCCUUCAACCACAGUGAGUUACAGAGCAGUUACCAAACCCCGAGUGAGAAUCACAGCCAGUUACAGGAGGAGGUGAAGCAGCUCGAGGGCAAAAUUGAAAAGAAGUGGUGUCCUGAAGGAUGGAGGAGAUUUGGAUGCAGCUGUUACUUUAAAUCUAAUAAGAGGAACACUUGGCAUGGCAGCAGAGAUGACUGUCAACAGAAAGCAGCAGAUCUGGUGGUGAUCAACAACAAAGAGGAACAUAAGUUUGUCCUUGAGCUGAACAUGGAUAAAGAUUCCUGGAUCAGCCAGGAAGGAAAUAUGGAAUCAAACAAGCUGGAGAUGGGAAUGGGAAUGGGUGGACAGAUCACCGCAGACAGACACGUGAGACAUUUUGAAGGUUCACGAUUCCAUCAAAUGUUCUGGGCAACAGGAUUGCCACACGAUGACAGAAACAAUGUGGCUGCAACAUGUUGCAAUCAACAAGGACAAUGGACAGAAAGCAACUCUUAUGUUUAUAAGAGCUGGAUCUGUGAGAAAUGGAUCUCCUGGACUCUUUGA